UGCUUUGGUAUGUCCAUGGGACUUGGACCAAAACUGGACCUGGAUGCGGCUGCAGCAGAGAACCAGGCCUUUAUGACGACUCGCACCACUGAGAGGCAGGAGAUGGUAGCCCUUAAUGAUCGCCUGGCCGCAUAUAUUGAAAAGGUGCGAAACCUGGAGUCUCAAAACAAGCUGCUGGAGGUCGAGAUUGAGGCCCUAAAGAGCCGCCAUGUCAGACCAUCAGGCCUCAGGCAGCUGUACGAGUCUCAGCUGAAGGACCUCAUCAGGGACGCUGAGAAAAUGAGAGUCCAGAGGGAUAUGACCUUGGCUGCCAAGGAGGCGAUGUUGGGCCAGCUGGACAUGCUGAAGGCCAAAUACGAUGAUGCUGUGGAUGCCCGGAAAAAGGCAGAGCAUGACAUUGAGAAUCUCCGUCCGGAUGUGGAUAAAGCAACAUCAGCACGGAUUGCUCUGGAGAAACAGCUGGAGAACCUGGAGGUGGAGCUGGCCUUCCUGCAGAGAGUUCACAAGGAGGAAAUUGAGGAGCUGGUGCAGCAGAUCUAUUCAGCAACCGCCAAGGUGGACCUGACCUUUGGCCUCCCGGACCUCUCCUCUGCUCUCAGACAGAUUCAGUCUCAAUAUGACAGCAUUGCCGCCAAGAACCUACAGGAAAUGGACACUUGGUACAAGUCAAAGUUUCAGGACCUGACCAGCGCCUCCACCAAACACGUUCAAAGUGCUCGAAGUGUGAGAGAGGAAAUCGCAGGUUAUAAGAAGGAUCUUCUGAACAAGGAACGUGAAUUGGAGGCGCUGAAGACGAGAAAUGAGUAUUUGUACGCUCAGAUUCGUGAUGCAGCGGAGAAAUACAAGAAGGAAGAGGAGGGCUUGCAGGAGCGUAUAGAGGCGAUUAAGCUGGAUCUGAAAGUAACAAAGGAGAAGAUCGCUCUGCUGCUGCGAGAAUAUCAGGACCUGCUCAAUGCCAAGAUGGCUCUUGAGAUUGAGAUCACCACCUACAGGAAGCUGAUCGAGGGGGAAGACAGCCGUCUGAGCACCAUGGUCCGAAACCUCUCCCUGACUGGAGGCAUGCAUCUCUCAUCCAGUGUCAGCAUGCGCUCUGCCUCAGCCUCAGUCUCAGCUUCAGCUUCAGCUUCAGUCUCUGAGAGCUCAGCCCCUGCAGCCGCUUUAAAGCUAGACGAAGGCCCCAGUGGCACGACCAGCGGCGGCGCUGAGAAAGCUCCAGGUGCUGCCCGAGUGGAGACGGCCUCAUCUGACACCCAGACAGAUGGUAUCUUAGAGGAGCAGGCAACUGAGACGUCUGAGAGGAAGACUGUCCUCAUCAGAACAGUUAAGACAGAUGAGGACACUUAUGAGAGUGACACACAAGAGCGCACCAUCAUCAUUUCUGGAGCAGCGGACGACACAGAAGAAGAAUAGAUCAACCCCAAAUCAUACUGAGUGACCCUUGCGACCCUUCCUUCCAGUUCCAGAAUUCCAUAUUGAUUUGGAGGGAAAACCCAAAUGGAGAGUUUACACUAAAAGCUUCAAACUGUGACCCGUCACUCUGCUCUACCUGCUCCUAACUCCCUGUCAGCCUCACAUGCCUUUCUGCUCUUUUAAUCCCUAAUCCUGUGUGUCAGGAAUGUGUCUUUG